AUGGGUGGAAUGAUGUCGGGUGAGAGAAUUUUCAGCGAUUCGAAAGCAAUUCAUAAUUUGGACAAACAGAUGCUUCAUAAUCAGUGAGUUUUUUCAGCCCAGUUUUUAGAGCAUUUUAGAGAAACUUCUAGCGAAAUUAGUUGGAGGGUUUUGAUCAGUUUGAAAAACGCUACAGGUUGAGAUAUUGAAAAUCCAGUCUUAAAUUUUUAUUUAAAAUUUAUGACGUGGCAAAAAGAAACAUUAAAAAUCUGACGUCAUGUAAUUUGUUCUGUUUGUUUUUUCUUCUUCUUUGCAUCACUUUAUGUUUGGUCGAGAUUUAGACUGUCUGGGAAACGUUUUGAAUUUUUUUUGGAACUUGAGGAUUAUCGCGUGUUGAGACCAUUAUAAAAAUUUAAAAAUUAUAAAGCUGGAAAAAUUUUCGGGAGCUUUUAUAGAGAAAAAACUUUGAGCUCAAUUUUCAAGUACUCGAAAAAGUUUUGAUCAAUUAAACAAUUGAAUGGAGAGUUCAGUCUCAAAGGGUUUCUAAAAAAUUUCACAGAAAAUAUUACAUUUUGUUACAAUUAGUUAUGAUGUGACAAAUGUUUGGCUUCUCACAAUCAGAAUUUUUAAUGGACUACAGUAACCAAUUAUUAUUUUAGUUACUGUAGCCCAAUUUUCUGAAAUAAUUGUUCUCAAAUCGAUGACAAUAAUUCGAUUUGUCAUACACACAGAUGGGUCUACAGUAAUCCAACCAAACUUGAGUUACAGCGUCUCCACUUCUAGAUUUAUCCAAAAAACCUCAAAACCAGACUAGAUAUACUUUUUCUAUCCCCCCAUCUAUCUAAUUUUUUCCAAAGUUCUGCAAACAAAAGAAUCUGAUCUUCAUCCCACUUGAAACGUGUCAAAAAUUUUAUUUGUGUGUUCUUCCCAGAAAUUUUUUUGCUCUAUCGAAAAAGAAAGAAUUUUUUGAUUUUUGUGUGGUUCCAAAAAAAAUGAGGAACUUUUUCGCAAUUUAAUUCGAUUUCUUUUAUAUCAGAUUGAAUCAUCGAAAAACACAUAAAAAUAAAAAAAAAACAUUUGACAAAAAAUCAUAAACAAAAAAUGAAACGAUUUUUUAUUUUUGCUCUAGUUUUGCAGAUUUUGUGAGUUUAUUCUUGGAGUUUUUGAAUUGGAUCAGGUUUCAAAUAUGUUUGAAUUGGACUUGGUCCAAAAUUUUUUACUAGAAAUCGAACCUCCAAAAAGGACCAGGUCCACUUUUUGAGAACAAUUUUGAAUUGGACCACACAUUGAAAAUUGUGCCAUUUAAUCAGUUCAAAUAUAUCGCGAAGGCUGUUUUUCUUACAAAAAAAUCAAUUUUUUUUUGCAAAAGUUUUCCCCAAUCUUAUCAUCUUUUCACUAAUUGUUUUAUUAUUCGAUAUCUUUUUUUCUCAAAAAAAUGCCCAAUUUUUUCACGAAAAAACUUGGAAAAAUUGUGAAAUCUCUCACAAAAUGUUUGUAAGUUCAAUUAUUUUUUUUCGUUCAUUCACACACAAAAAACUCAUCAAUCUUUCAAUUUCUUCUUUUUGCGUUUUUUUUUCGAAAAAAAAUUUAUCGCAAAAAAGUUUCUUGAAAAUUUAUUUUAUGUUUUAUCAGAAGGCAGACAUUUUUCGAGCUCCUCGUGUUUUUUGAUAAGAAAAUAAAAGAAAAUUGUGAAACGGGAGGGAACUCGAAGUUUUUUCGAGAGACAAAAGUUUGAUAAUUUUUAAAUUUUCGAUAUGAAAAAAAAUUAAUUUUUCUUCAGCGAUCCAAGUUUGUCGGUUCCAACUCCAGUGGUUUCAAGAGAAAUGAAUGAGCAAUUGAAUUUCCCAAAAAUCGAGCUUCAUCUUCAUUUGGAUGGAUCUGUUAGAUUUGAAACGCUUUUGGAAUUAUCGAGGUGAGAAUUUGGGGAAUUUUAGUCUGUCAGGGGCUGGCCAAUUCUGAUCAGUCAGACCCCAUUUCAAGGACCAGUGUGUUUAAAAAAAAAUAGAAAUCUGACUAAAUUUUUUUGAGAUUCUGAAACGGAAGAGUAUUUUUCCAGAAUUUGAAAGUGAACAAAAUUUUUUGUUAAAUUUUAAACAUUUUUUUCAGAUGUUUUUAAAUUAAAUGUUGAGCUCAAAAAUGUACCGAAAAAUCUGAAAUAAAAUAUGCAUUUAAAUUCUGAAACUAACUUUAUUAAUUUUUGCAUUUCCAAAUUUUUCCAGACAAAAAGAUAUUCCAUUGGCGAAUGCGACAACCGUCGAAGAGCUUAAAAAAGUCUUGGUGACUCAUGAACCAGCUAACUUAUCAAAAGUCCUCGAAGCCUUCGAAAUUUUCUUGCCAGUAAUUCGCGGUGAUUUGGCUGCGAUGGAAAGAAUUGCAUUCGAAUUGGGCGAAGAUCAACAUAAUAAUGGUGUCAUUUAUUUUGAGGCUAGAUAUUCGCCACAUCUUUUGUUGUCACAUGAUCAUCCGGUUAGUUUAGAAAUGCAAAGGUUUUUAAAUUUUUGAAACGAUGAACUGGGAAGUUUUUUAAGAAAGAACUUUCUUUGGAAGUUGGGGUUUUUUCUUGAUUUAAAAAACUUCUAGGAAGUCAACGCUUCUCACAUUGUUGCCGCCGUCAAAAAAGGAUUCGACAAAGCCGAAAAAGCCUACGGUAUCAAAGCUCGCUCAAUUCUUUGUUGCAUCCGAGGACUCGACAAAAAAUUCCCACAACUCAUUUUGGACUUGGCUACCGAGUUACCACAACUCGGAGUUGUUGCGAUUGACGUGGCUGGAAGUGCUCAUGGAGCAGAUGAACAAUAUGAACCAGAAGUUGUUGCCGCUUUUCAAGAAGCUUAUAGACGUGGAAUUCAUAGAACUGUUCAUGCUGGAGAAAGUGGAGGACCAAAAGAGGUUUUGAGAGUUAGUUUUUUUUUCAAAUUGAACUGGAAAUUCGCUUUAACUUUUCCAAAACAUAGCUCUCAAAAAACUUUCGAGAUACUAAAUUCCUAAUUGUUUAUAGGCAAUCGAGGAUAUGCACGCUGAAAGAAUCGGACAUGGUUAUCGAGUUAUGCGAGAUGAACAAAUGUAUAUCGAUAAUUUUGUGACGAAACAAAAUGUUCAUUUGGAAGCCUGUCCAUAUUCAUCAGUUAUGACUGGUGCGGUUCCACUUGAUUGGCCAAAUCAUCCGAUUGCUCGUUGGGCUAAGGAUGAUAUUAAUUUCUCGGUUUCUCGCGAUGAUCCAACUUGUUUUGAUAAUACAAUGAAGUCUGAAUUGACUUUGGUUCAUGAUCAAAUUGGAUUGACUGUUCAUCAAUUAUGGAAAGCGGUAUGUUUCGAAUUAAAAUUCUCUAACAUAAUUCAAUCUCAUAAUUUCAGCAACUCAACGCGGCGAGAUCAACAUUCUUACCCGAAGCCGAGAAAGCUGAAUUGGUCAAAAGAGUCGAGGCUGCUGAACCACCCAAAAACUGA